CUCUCUCUCUCUCUCUGUCUCUCUCUCUCUCUCUCUCUGUCUCUCUCUCUCUCUCUCUCUCUGUCUCUCUCUCUCUCUCUCUCUCUCUCUCUCUCUCUCUCUCUCUCUCUCUCUCUCUCUCUCUCUCUCUCUCUCUCUCUCUCUCUCCAUCUCUGUCUCUCUCUCUCUCUCUUUCUCUCUCUGUGUCUCUAUGUCUCUCUCCCACUGCACUGUGUUAACGAUGCGUCCGGCGGUGUGUAGGUAAGGGCCCAGAGACUAUCUUUGCUGGCGUGGGUCUCAAUGAUAAUGAGUGGCACACGGUGCGGGUGGGCCGGCGCGGCAAGAGCCUGAAGCUCACAGUGGACGACCUGCAGCCCGCCGAAGGUACGAUGGCGGGCGACCACACCCAGCUGGAGUUCCACAACGUGGAGACGGGCAUCGUGACAGAGAAGCGCUUCAUCCCCGCCGUGCCGUCGAACUUCAUCGGCCACCUGCAGGGCCUGACGCUCAACGGCAUGCCCUACAUCGACCUGUGCAAGAACGGCGACAUCGACUACUGCGAGCUCAACGCCGUCAUCGGCUACAAGAGCAUCGUGGCCGACCCCGUCACCUUCCGCUCGCGCUCCAGCUUCGUCACGCUGCCCACGCUGCAGGCGUACUACUCCAUGCACCUCUUCCUGCAGUUCAAGACCACCUCCCCCGACGGCCUCAUCCUGCUGAACCGCGGCGACGGCAACGACUUCAUCGUGGUGGAGCUGGUGAAGGGGUACCUGCACUAUAUCUCUGACCUGGGGAACGGGGCCCACCUCAUCAAGGGGAACUCCAACACGCCGCUGAACGAUAACCACUGGCACAACGUGCUGAUCUCCCGCGACACCAACAACCUUCACACCGUGAAGAUCGACACCAAGGUCACCACGCAGACCACAAUGGGGGCCAAGAACCUGGACCUCAAGGGCGACCUCUACAUCGGCGGGGUCACCAAGGAGAUGUACCGCGACCUGCCCAAACUGGUCCACUCCAGGGAGGGCUUCCAGGGUUGCCUAGCGACGGUGGACCUGAACGGCCGGCUGCCCGACCUGCUGGCCGACGCGCUGGCGACCACGGGCCAGGUGGAUCGAGGCUGUGAAGGCCCUAGCACCACCUGUCAGGAGGACUCCUGCUCCAAUCAGGGCGUCUGCCUGCAGCAGUGGGAGGGCUUUAGCUGUGACUGCAGCAUGACCUCCUUCGCCGGGCCCCUCUGUAACGACGCUGGGACCACGUACAUCUUCGGGCGUGACGGGGGCGUGGUGGUGUACACGUGGCCCCCCAACGAGAGGCCCAGCACGCGGGCGGACCGGCUGGCCCUGGGCUUCAGCACCCAGCAGAAGCAGGCCGUCCUGCUCAGGGUGGACAGCGCCUCCGGCCUGGGGGACUACCUCCAGCUGCAGAUAGACAAAGGCAACAUCCGGGUGGUGUUCAACGUCGGAACGGAUGACAUCAACAUCGAGGAGAGCUCCAAGUUCGUGAACGACGGGAAAUACCACAUAGUUCGGUUUACCCGCAGCGGAGGCAAUGCCACGCUGCAGCUGGAUGAGCUGCCUGUCAUAGAGCGCUACCCGUCAGGCUACAAUGAUAACGAGCGCCUUGCCAUCGCCAGGCAGCGAAUCCCCUAUCGGCUCGGUCGAGUAGUUGAUGAUUGGCUACUCGACAAAGGUCGCCAGCUGACCAUCUUCAACAGCCAGACCACGGUGCGCGUGGGCGCGGCCGGCGCGGCCGGCGCGGGGGAGGACACGCCGUCCGCGCCGUCGCCGGCCGGCGGGAUGUUCCAGGGCCAGCUGGCCGGCCUCUACUACAAUGGCCUGCGCAUCCUGAACAUGGCCGCCGAGGGCCACCCGCACAUCAAGGUCGAGGGCAGCGCGCGGCUGGUGGGCGACAUGCCCUCCUCCUCCAUCACGCCGCAGUCCAGCGCCGCCGCCGCCGGGGGCAACCGCUCCGACUCCGCCCCCUCCAUCAGCGACAUCACCACCACCACCGCCACCAACCGGAAGCAGGGCACCACCCAGCAGUCGACUGAUGACCUGCUGGUGGCCUCAGCAGAAUGUCCGAGUGAUGACGAGGAUAUCGACCCCUGUGACCCCAGCUCAGCGCGCCCGCCCCUCCCAGAGGUGAAGCUGUUCCCGGAGCCGUCGGAGGUGGUGCGGGAGUCCAGCAGCACCACGGGGAUGGUGGUGGGCAUCGUGGCCGCCGCCGCCCUCUGCAUUCUCAUCCUGCUCUACGCCAUGUACAAGUACCGCAACCGCGACGAGGGCUCGUACCACGUGGACGAGAGCCGCAACUACAUCAGCAACUCGGCCACCCAGCCCAACGGCUCGGCCAAGGACAAGCCGCUGGGCAUCGCCAAGAUCUCCAAGAGCAAGAAGAACAAGGACAAGGAGUACUACGUCUGAGGGCCGCCCGCCGCCACCACCGCCACCUCCACCACCACCACCACCACCGCGAUACCACCACCACUAGGGGGCGGUGAGGGGACGGCAAGGGGGGCGGGGGGGGAGAGGGGAGGGAGGGAGGGGGGGGGGGGGGGGGGGGGUUUGUAUAUGCACACACAUACGCAUAAACCUUUAUAGAUAUAUAUAUAUAGAUAUAUAUACGGUAUAUGUACAUACGAACAGGUAUACUCCAGAAAAAGAGGGGGAAAAACGCGGUACUCCCGACGCACACACACACGCACACACACACGCACAAACAGGCAGAUGAAAUACAGACACAAACGGGGAGGCCCUGCUGUUUACCGCGCACACGCAACGCCAACCGUGACGACCGACUCGGCGUCCAGGACACAGUGUCAAAACGCACAAACACACACAUACACACACACACACACACACAACCACGCGCAUACACAACCCGGAGAAACAGAAUUCCCACGCAGGUGGCGACGCUCCUGCAAGCACAAACGUCGCGGGCGGCCUCCCGCCGUGUCCUUGUACAGUAUUAACCAGAUCAACCAAUCAGAGAGGGCACCCGGCCGCUCACUGCUUCCUUUUUAUGAAGAAGAAGAAGAGGACGAAUCAGACGAGCGGCGAGCCGUCGACAAAAGCACCGGGCUCCGUUUCACAUGGGAGUGGGGGGGAGGGGGGGGGGACGCGUCUUUGCCGCCGGAGGGGGCGUGGCACGGCUUUGGGGAGGGGUGGGGUGGGGGGGGGGGGGGGGAUGCUUUUGAAGCGCACAGCUGCUUUGUGUUUUUGCGUGUCCGAGAACGCGCCGCACAAGAUCAGACAAAGCACCGAGCGUUACACCCAGCGACUCUUUGAGUGGUCGCCUCCCUCUCCUUGGAGACGCACAGACACACAGAGACACACACACAGACGCACACACACACACACACACACACACAUGUAUCCUCGCAGAGAGACAAACGCACACGCACACACACUAGCAUAGCGGCGCGCACGUUGUGCGGACAUUGUGGCGGGAAGGAGGGGUGGAGGCCACCUGGUUGCCGUGGUAACAUGAACAGAGUGGUUUGCUGGGAACAUUGUCACCACCCCCCCUCCCAUGGAGAUGACUUCCUGGGGGGGGGGGAGACUCAGAAUGCUGCCGCCGACGGUAACACACACACAGUCGCACACUCUCAUGGCCAGACAACACACACACGUGUCCCUUCAACGCUAUACAGUACAGACCCGUUUCCCCGGAGAAGGGAAAGCACAGCGGCCCGAGGGCUCUGGCGCCUCAUGGCUGAUGAUGAGGAAGAAGAAGAUGAUGAGGAGGAUGAUGAUGGCGGCGGCGGCGGCGGCGGCGGUGGUGACUAAUGUGAAGAACUAAUCGGGGAGGCGGAGACAUGUUCGGGGCGAUAAGUGGGGGGGGGGGGGGUGUGGGGAGGGUGUUAUUGCACGUGAAUUAUCUUAACUCCAUGAUGUGAUUUCUACUGAGUCCCCUCUCUCCCCCCCCCUCCCCAAGAGAACACAGCAAACCAUAACACACCUCGCCCCCCCCCCCCUUACCACCCCCCCCACUGACAAUAUGGCUUCCGGGGUGAUGAUGGCAGAGCGGGGACAUGAUCAAACCCAACGGCAGCGAGUCACACAAAUGAUCCUCCAGGGUGCCGUAUGCCAGGGUGGAGGGGGCUGGAAGGAUGGGGGGGGGGGGGGGGGGGGGGGGGGGGGGGGGGGGGGUGGAGUGUAUGUGUGUGUGUGUGUGUGUUUAUGUGUGUGUGUGGGUGGACGGGGUGAGGGGGUGGGGGGGGCAUGGCCACUUAUACUGCUCCUCUCGACCACGUUUUAUAGCAAACCGCCACCGAGGAAAAGGAAUUACUAAAAAAACUCAGUAAAUGUUAUCAUGUGUUGCAACUAGAUAGAAAAGUCAAGUUUAUGACGCCAUCGGUUCUAUGAAUACCUGAGUUGCUUUUUUUAUGUUUUUUUUUUUACUCAUUCCCAUUGGCUCUCCCUUCUCUCUGUCACCAUGACGACCCCAUGUUGUCUCCCCGCUAUUGGUUGAUUGUGUUGUCUGUACUGAUACUAUGACUAACAUGCUGACCAAUCCCAGACGGACAUGUAGGAGGGAUCCACCGCACCCCCCCACCCCCCCCCCCCCCCCCCCCCCCCGGGGUCGCCGGCUCCUGCGCCCCCUCUUUCUCCGCUCGGACCCCCCGUCUCUUUUACAAGUCGUACCCCACAUGAGACGCCUGUAUAUGAUAUAUUGUGCCAUGGACAGAAACAAAACCAAAAAAAAUGAAAAAAAAUCAAGGAGGGUCAAGGGAUACGACCGACCAAUCAGAUGCAUGCAAAUCAGAAGCAGAGCCAACCGCGCGAGAGAGAGAGAGAGACAAAAAAAGGACUCGUGCGUGGAACCUCAAAGUGUGCCGUCAAAAGGAGUCGGGUUAUUUCUUGCGUGUUCCUUCUCCGUGACCCCCCCCCCUCCUCUUGUUUUGCCUCCUCCCCGUUGCUCCCUCCCUGUCUGACUCCCCCUCCACGCCUCUGUAUCUUAAUUCUCGUCUUAUUGUAUCUGUUGUUUUGCCAUCUGGAGAAGAGGGAGGCGUCCGAGGGACCCGACAGAGGGUUCUCAACAUGUAGGUGUCCAUUAACCAUGUUAAUUUUCUAUAUGUAAAAUUUUUCUACAGUAUUUACUUUUAUUUUUAUUGUUACAGUUCUUUGAUGAACAUAAAGUGGAAAUUUAUUAUGGAAAAAAUAGUUUUGAAGAUCUAAAUGAGUAAAUAAAAUAUUACCCAAGUGAAACAAA